CACUUUUUAAUUGUUUUUGCAUUUCAGCAUUGUAACGUGCACAGCAAUACUGCAGUACUACGCCAAUUACGGCUAUCUACGCCUACUAUCCGUAUGUCACACAUGCUACGUAGGUUUCAGGACGCUACGGUUGGCUAUAAUUGCCGUAGGUUACGGCAAUUGACCCUUACCGUAGCUGUAUACGUCCCGUUGGCAACGCUGCUGGUAGACGACCUGCCGGAGAACAAGCUAAAAACGAGAUACAGCAUAUCGUGUUACCGCGUGAGGACGGUAAAGAAGAUUAUCCUUUAUACUCUAAAGGGAUUACUAUUUCUGCACAAGAAUGAUAUAGUGUAAAGCGACGUACGGCCCGGCAAUCUGCUCUUCGUAACGACGGAUCUCGACCUCAUGCAGAACGAAGCCGAGACGGCGGUACUUAUGCAGAGACUCGACGAGAAGAUUGACAAAUGUGCAUCCUGCAACAUGUAUCUGAGACAGAGGCUGCACGACCACGUGAGACUUGGUGGAGAUCUCUGCGUGAAGGUGUCAAACUUCGGAGCUGGUGAGCCAAUUGAUUUUUACAAACGAGCACAAGUAACAGCUUUCGCGGCUUUCGCAGCUUUCGCAGCCAUUUUCCGCUCCAAUUCACCAAGAGCCACAGCCACAUCAGCCGGCCUCUGCAGUCCCGAACUGAUUCUCGGACAACAACCGUUAUUUGGCACCGGCAUCGACAUCUGGGCACUCGGAUGUCUACUCUACGAAUUCCUUACAGGCGAGCCGCUGUUUGUGGUGGCGAGCUUUGGAAUCCAGUUAGACAAGUGAGAUGACGACCAUCUUGCUCAGAUGAACGACAAGAUACGCCCAUGACCGGACUGGAUCACGAAGGAGAGGCAGAAUGCCAUCCGAAAGCACGACUCCUCGGAUGGGGUUGAACCUCAUAAGGUGCUCGAGGAUCAGUUUGCGAAGAUCAAGCAUCCUGACAUUGAUGACGAUGAGGCGACCAUCGUCUGUCAACUCAUCCGGGAUAUCCUAGCGUACGAUCCGGUGGAGCGGCCUUCAGCAGAGGAGCUGCUGGAGCACCCUUGGGUUGCAGUCGGUGAUAGGCAAGGCGUUGAGAGCGAUUUGUAAG